UCUGUGAAUCUGCUGUGUACAUGGCGAAUUUGCAAACCGAUCCGUGCUGUCAUAAAAUGUUCAUAGUAUGAUAUCAUCAGGGCAGGGCACAUAGUUGCGCAUUUUAAUAUUUAUAUCUACAAGUUUUUAUUUGAUUUAUCAAUGCUCUUAUAAUGAUUGGUUAGUCAAGUACUUAUGAAUAAUUCAACCUUCAAGUCAACUUAGCAGUAAUCGAAAUAUGGGUGAGUCUGAAGCUGUGGCUCUUUACGACUACAACGCCCAAGAACAUGAUGAGUUGACGCUACAGAAGGGAGAUAUCAUAACUGAUAUCAUCAUACAACCUGGCGGUUGGUGGGAAGGAAAAUUAAAAGGAAAGAGGGGCAUGUUCCCAGAUAACUUUGUAAAGCUAAAAGGUGGUGAUGCAGCAAAGGCCGUUCAACCUGAAGUGGCUAAUAGAAUAGGUACUGGUAGAAAAUGUAAAGUGCUCUUCAGCUAUCACCCAGAGAAUAGUGACGAAUUGAAAUUGAAAGUCAAUGAUAUCAUUGAAAUUCUCGAUGAGGUUGAAGAAGGUUGGUGGAAAGGAAAGCUUAGAGAUGAGGUUGGAGUUUUUCCCUCUAACUUUGUGAGUGAGGUCAGUGAUGAGAAACUCGAAUCAGAAUCGGAGCCAACAGAAAUGAAGAAAUCAAAACCCACCCAAGUGGAAUCUUUGAAACCCAACGAAACUGCAACGAAUCAUAAAGAUGCUUCGCUAUCAUCCUCCAGGUCCACCUCUGUUAGUACUGACUCCGAAGUACCUCUUCUCCCUCCAAAACCAGUGAAAGAGAUGUGCAAAGUGAUAUUCCCGUAUAAGGCGGCCAAUGACGAUGAGUUGACUUUGAAAGAAGGCGAGAUUAUAACAAUUCUGAGCAAGGAAGUUCAAGAUAAGGGCUGGUGGAAAGGCGAAUUGAAUGGCCACAUUGGAAUGUUCCCUGACAACUUCGUGCAGCUGCUGCCGAUCGAUGAGAGUUCGAAGCCUGCUCGGCCGCCUGUGAAAGGAGCAACAACGAAUCGCACAAGGGACUCUCUUACGAAACCAACAACACUGAGCAGCAGUGCCUCUGAAGCUGUCACCCCCACCACCACACACUUGCCAGACACACACGAACCCACCGUCAAAAAUGAAGACAAGCCAAGCUUGCCAGGAAUUGUGAGUAAGAAGCCAACCCCGCCUCCGCCUUCGAAGAAGCCACCCAGGACACACAGUGGCUCGAUGAAGCCACCAGCACCGACCAGUCCCACGUAUAGUGCCGACGGUGCAAGUGAAGCAACAAGCCCACUGCAACCCAAGUCGGUCAAGCCAUCUGAGACUCCACCCACAGGUGUGAAAGCAAAAUCGCCAGUGCCAUCAACAACCAGUGCCAAGCCGACAGUAUCGCCGCACGAAGUGAGUCCGCUGCGCAGUCCGCGGCCUACACCCCUCUCUCACCACUCUGAGGUGGACGGUUCCUGUCUGAGUGUCGGGGCGUCUCCUAGAUCCUAUAACUUGAAUAACUCCAACCACGGCGCAAGCGCAGUAAACCCCAUCGAAGCUGCGCGCGCAUCAGACAACGUCACGCCGCGUUCUUACAACUUGAACCACAGCGGCGCAUCGGACAGCAGUGCAGCCAACGUCACACCGCGAUCCCACAACUUGAAUCAUAGCGGUGCAUCGGACAGCAGUGCUGCCAACCCCAGCGAUGCCGACUUGGACUUUGACUCGAUUGGCAGGACUGCGAUGCUCACUCAUCCCACGGCGUCCCGGGUUCGAGCACCCCGUAGGCGACCGCCCAGCAGCAUCAUGUCCAAAGAUGAAAAUACAAGUCCAUCUGGAAUGAUGAAUGGAAGUGCGGAUUCUCACCUGGAGAAGCAACCCACUGCAGCCAUGUCUUUAGUGGAGGAGCUCAAAUUGAAUUAUGCUAAAAAACAGUCUGGCCAGGGAGUUGUUGCAGGAAGGACGCGAGUGAUGAUUGGCCAAUCGGGAGGCGGGGACUCGCCGGAACAGCCAAUGCCGGCCAAGUCGCCGAGUGGGGCAGCAGGAGGCGGAGUGGUUUUGAGGAGUUCUCCGAGCUCCGCCCCCGCGGUGACUCCGCCCCGCCCCCAGUCCAUGUUCAGUCCCUCCCCCCGUCCGUCCCCGUCUCCGGUCGCCGACACCGUCACCUUAACUAUUAAGCAGUGGACUGAGAUUAACGAUAAGGUAAGGCUCAUUAUCUAUAUUGCCAUUUUUUUAUUUAGAACUACUUUUGAAUAUAAAUGAAAAUAAAAGUAUAAA